AUGGUGCCCAAGAAAUCGACUGAUGAUUGGAGACCAUGCGGCGACUAUCGCCCUCUCAACAGAGCCACUGUUCUCGACUGCUACCCUAUUCCUCAUAUAGAUGAUUUAUCUUACACGCUAGCUGGAAAAACUAUUUCUUCCAAAAAAGACCUCAUGAGAGCAUACCACCAGAUUCCGGUCGAGGAAGAAGACAUCCGCAUGAUCGCCGUCACAAUGCCUUUCGGCCUCUUUGAAUUCCUUCGCAUGCCUUUUGAUUUGCGCAACGCGGCCCAAUCCUUGCAACGCUUCAUCGAUGAGGUCUUCCGGGGUCUCUUAUUCACUAAUGUCUACAUUCAUGAAAUAUUCGUUGCAAGUUCUUCGGCAGAGGAACAUGCCUCGCACUUGAGCCAGAUAUUCGAUCGUUUCCAGCAACAUGGUCUGCAAUUAAACGUCGACAAAUGUAUCUCUGUCGUCUCUUCUCUAGAUUUCCUUGGUCACCACGUCGACCAGCAUGGAAUCACGCCUCUGCUAGAGAAGGUGCAGAGCAUCGUGUCAUUCCCUGUCCCCAAGACUCUAACUCAGCGGCGACGUUUCAUAGGCCUUCUCAACUAUUACCGACCUUUAAUCUCUCACUGUGCGGCGACUCUAGAUCCCUUAACUGACCUUCUUAGGUCUAAAGCAAAGCCGAUCUUGCUUCCUCCAGCAGCUCACUCAGCAUUUGAGGCGGCUAAGAAGGCUCUUGCUGAUGCCACAUUGCUUCACCAUCUCAGCUCCGAUCCACACGCACAGCUGAUCUUCACCACUGACGCUUCCAAUAGUGCUGUCAGCGCAGUCCGGCAUCAACAAGCGAAUAACCAGUUGUAG